AAAUCGAUCCGUCCCUGGGAUCUACUCCGGCGCACCUCACCCAGAAAACUCGAUCGAGUUUCCUUCCUCUGAACCUGCAGGACGACGAGCAUUGUGAAAUCAACGGAAACGAGGGAUCUACUCCGGCAUCUAGGUUAUGGGCAAAUCUCAACGUGCUGCCGUUGGAGGGUCACAGGAUCCGGCAGUCUCUCCCGCAAGACGUUUUACCCGGGCAUCCGCACGUAACAGCCCCCUAGAGGCAACUCAUCCCGCAAGCAGGAAUCCAUCGCCCAUCCGCAAUCCCACAAAGAAAGUGACAAAACGGAAGGGAUCUCGGGUCUCGCCACUGCUCCAGCAACUCCGGUCCAUCACAUCAGAGUGGGAGAAAGAGCGCGAUGCUCGUGGUCAAAGCAUGAAGCCAACAUCUUCCACUCGAAGGGCAGUGCUUCAGGAUUCAGAGGGCCCUUUGGAGGAACAUGAUGAUAGGGAUGUUCCAUCACUUUUUGAUCCGACGGCACUGACACAGGAUGACGAUGAUACAAUCCCCCCCACACAAGCAGAUGACGAGACACUUCCGCCGACGCAGGACAUGGAGACUGCAGAGAGUGAUAUGCCACUCUUGGAUGAAGGGCCAGGCUCCGACCCCACUCUGAUGACAGGAACAGAGGCGGGCAAUAUGGCACCACUGGACGAGAUGACAUCGCACGACGCUGGUUCGUCAAAGAAAAAGCAGGGGAGAGGGGCGGCACGAAUGCCGCGUGGAUGGGGAAAAGAUCACAGGAUGCUUGUAUUCACAUCGCCGGAUGGUAAAAGCAUCGUCGGACCCGACGUAAACGAGUACAAGACCGCCAUUGGGGUCAUUGCACGCAACGGAGCUCGACUUUCUCUACAUUACCCCACGUUCGCUGAGAUACCGGAGACGAAGAGACAGGGUGCAUGGAUGGAGGUUCAGAGUAACAGCGGAUUACCAGACUCAGCGGAGAAAGUGGUCUUGGCUGACCUAAGGGAAGUUUGGAGGCACUGGAAAUACAGCAUCAAAUCAACUUACUUCAAUCCGAUCGAGGACGAUGAAGAAGCACUGAAGAAGGUUCCCUCAAGCAGGAUUGUGCCCGAUCAGUGGCCGAAGUUGGUUGAGUAUUGGCGCGACGAGAAGGUGAAGCUUCAAUCCAAGAAAAAUGCGUCGAACGUAGCGAAAAGAAGCUUUCCACAUCGUACUGGGCGGAAGUCAUUCACGACUCUGGCAGAGGAGAUCAAGGCAAAGGGGAAGGACCCCGACAAUCUGGAGAUUUGGAUUUCCAGUCGCACACAAGGCAAGGGAAAGGAUGACCAAGAAACCGAGGAGAUAUUGAAUGAGCUAAACAAGGUUCCCCCUGAAGGGCGGACUCCCUCUGUUCGGGAGACUCUGUACCGACGGGCCCUUGGGGGAAAGAUUAAGAAGCGGUCAAAGGUCGACAAUGCGGCAAGUUCAGCUCAUCCCCGCAGCGAGUCAACUGGUUUAACAGACAGUGUAGCAUUCCAGCAUGGGUGGGAACAACUACAGAAUGGAAUGGAGGAGCUGAAGGCAAUGAUGGAUGAGUUCAAAACCAUCAAGGCUGAUGUGUAUGCAUUCAUGCACAGAAACUCCGGAGCGGUUACUGGCCAGGCAGGCACAUCUCGUAUUGAUUCAGUCCCUGAGAUUCCCAGGCCUGUGUCCGAGCCAAGCAUGACGGUCGGCACACAUGUGCUUCUAUUAUCCCGCACCGGUGAGAAAAAAGUUGUUGCAGAGGGACUUCUGCUCUGCCCCCCUGGGCCAGGUGACACACUUUCCUUGGUCAAGGUCUUCGUGACAUCCGCGUCAGUCCCGGACACACCCCUUAUUUUGCCGACCAUUUCUGGGGCGACUACCCUUCGCGAUGUCGUCGGCGAAGAUCCUAUUGAGUGGAGCUACAAGGACCUCAUGCGCCGGGCUUGAAAUGUUGGUACCGAUACACCCAUGUUAAUUGCCCCGUUUGUCAUAUGGAUUGAAUGUCGAACCUGUCUUUGGAUGGAUUGUGUUGAGUUUUUGUUGAACUAUGUCUGGAAUUGAUGCGUAGACCUUUGUGGUUUGAAUUCGUAUGGUGAAAAAUGUGCCUAAUGGGAUUGAUGGAUAACCGUAUUUGCUUAUUGCGUUGUUUACUUGUGUUUGAACUGUUAAGCACGUUUUGCGGAACAGGUUGUUGAUGUGUAGAUACUAGUAGGCUUGUUCUAUGGGUUGCUUUACUUUGUUGGUAGGUAUGGAAUUCAGAUUUUAAUA